AUGGCCACGGCGGCGUUGGGCGGCGACGCGGCCAGCAUGGUGGCGGUGGGCCUGGUGUGGGGCGCUACCAACGCCCUGAUGCGCCGGGGCGCGCUCGUCUGGGACUCCCGCUCCCGCUCCCUCCCCGCCGGCUCCGGCGCCAUCCGGCGGUGGGCGGACCUCCUCCUGACGUGGCAGUACUCGGCGCCCUUCCUCGUCAACCUUUCCGCGUCCGCCACCUUCUUCCGGCUCCUCGGCGACGCCCCCAUCUCCGUCGCCGUGCCCGUCACCAACGCCACCACCUUCGCCGCCACCGCCGUCGCAGCCGCGCUCCUCGGGGAGGACACACGCGCCGCGCCCGCCGCGCUCGGCACCGCGCUCAUUGUCCUCGGCGUCUGGGUCUGCAUCUCCUAGCUAGCCUGCCCGCCUACCACUUCAAGGAACUAAAUUCCUUUGUACACUGGCUGCACUGAUAUUAUUGAUAAAUUUACAUAGAAUCACCUUGUGGCAUCAUCUAGCUCAUGUUUUUUUUUAGGGACAGAAUUAUCAUCUUUCUCAAAUGUUCCCUGUAGAAUAUGGUGUACUUGUAUGAAUCUCUCAGUUCAUAAUAUCUUUCUUUUGAUUCUAAAAUA